GAGUGUCACUGUGCCUUUGCCCAAACGCCGUCAUUUCGCUACUCACUGUGUCUCUGCGAGUGCGGGCGUGUGUGUUGAAACCUCGCUUUCACCUCCGGGGAGCCGUCGCCACCACCACCACCACCAGUGAUGCAGAAGGGACUGGUCGCAUCUCGUUAAUCUGCCGGGCAGCGGGUUGUAUUGACCGCCGUUUGAUAUCGAGAUCUCGAGCUACGAUUCGGCAGCUGUUCGUCUCGAUUCGCUUGGGUUUUAGGUGGGGCAGGUGCGUAGUCCUCGUCCAAUGGCCUCGGAGGAUGUGAAGACGAGCGAGAAGGCGGUCUCCACCUUUGUUAACCUCGCGGAGGAGGCGAAGCUCGCCAGGGAGGGCGUCAAGGCCCCCAGCUACGCCGUGCUCAGCAUCUGCAAGUCCCUCUUCGCUGGUGGAGUUGCCGGUGGAGUGUCACGGACAGCUGUUGCGCCAUUGGAGCGCUUGAAGAUAUUGCUGCAGGUCCAGAAUCCCCAUAACAUAAAGUACAAUGGAACGAUUCAGGGAUUAAAAUAUAUUUGGAGAACUGAAGGGUUCCGUGGAUUAUUUAAAGGCAAUGGCACUAAUUGUGCCCGAAUUGUCCCAAACUCUGCAGUCAAGUUCUUCAGCUACGAGCAAGCUUCUAAAUCAAUAUUGUUGCUGUAUCAGCAGAAAACUGGGAACGAAGAUGCUCAGCUCACUCCUCUUCUACGCCUUGGAGCUGGAGCUUGUGCUGGUAUUAUUGCUAUGUCAGCUACUUAUCCCAUGGAUAUGGUUAGGGGUAGAUUGACUGUUCAGACAGAGAGGUCCCCCUAUCAGUACAGAGGAAUGGUCCAUGCUCUAUCAACUAUUCUUCGAGAAGAAGGACCCCGAGCUUUAUACAAAGGCUGGCUUCCUUCUGUUAUUGGAGUGGUUCCUUAUGUGGGCCUCAACUUUGCUGUUUAUGAAUCUUUAAAGGACUGGUUAGUCAAAACAAGGCCAUUUGGACUUGUUGAAAAUUCUGAGUUGAGUGUCACGACAAGGCUAGCCUGUGGAGCUAUUGCCGGAACUGUUGGGCAAACUGUUGCUUAUCCUCUCGAUGUGAUACGACGAAGAAUGCAAAUGGUGGGGUGGAAGGAUGCUGCUUCCAUCAUCAGAGGUGAUGGGGUGGCUAAGGCGGCUCCUGAAUAUAAUGGCAUGAUUGACGCAUUCAGGAAGACUGUUCAGUAUGAGGGCUUUGGAGCACUCUACAAGGGCCUCGUUCCAAAUUCAGUGAAGGUGGUCCCGUCCAUUGCGAUUGCGUUCGUGACAUACGAGGUGGUGAAGGACGUCUUAGGAGUUGAAAUCAGAAUAUCAGACUGAAAUAUUGCGUCGCUAACCUGUGUACUGGUAUUUACUUUGAAGACGUGUGCUGUUUUUGUAGGAAAGGGGUAGAGAGAUGUUAAAACUAGGUGUCUUCCUUUUUUUCCCCCCCUCUCUCUCUCUCUCAAAGAGCGAGUCCGGGAGCGCAUGUGACCCUACGGUUACAAAUGGCCCAUGGUCUCUCUAUCUAUAUUGUUAUAAGAACCCGCUGUAGCUCUCAUCUUCUCAUUCAUCUUCUGUGUCAAUAAAUGUCGUGAAGCAGAAUAAGGCAAGAAGAAAACAUACGGGCUUGUCUUUGUUUAGCUGAGAAAGCAUUUUUAUGAGAAUUAUUAUGUUCUCAGACUGGAUUCUCGGUC